UAUAUGGACGUUAUUCGACCUCCUAUAACUGUGUCAGAAUAUUAUACUUGCAGAGCUGAUUGUGCUUCAAUUUAUUUUCUAAAGGUACUGCUCCUGACACCCGACGAAUUGAUGGAUUGGAAAUGUUCCGAAUAUAACUAUGAUGUUCUCAGGCGCCAAGGAUUAGAGGAAACGACCAGUGAAAAUUCCAUUUUUAGGAUCAGGCAUAUGAAACAGUGGGAAAAUACUUCGUGGCGUCGUAUCCAAUAUAAAUUUACGAAGUACCCACGAGGUGUUCGUUACGUAGUAUUUGAGCAUGGAGGAGUAGACAAGCAAUUUUGGGCUGGACAUUAUGGUUCCAAAAUGGCGGGAGCAUCUGUUGUCGUACAUAUGUUUUUUGAAGGAUAUGGUUUUGCGAGAAUCAAAAAAUGCACACAAGGUCUUUUCCGCCUGGUUUUGAUUUUAAUACUGUUCGGUCUUCAUGUAAGAAUUCAGCGCAUGGGAGAGCGUUGGAGGUUUGGGGGCCAGUUUAAAUAUGGCAGUAUUUCAUCGCUUAGAUUAGCUGGUUUUCUUUUUAUUUUUAUUCUAGUCAUUUUCACGGUGUUGAAUUCGUUGUGA